AUGAUGUACGACGACGAGGUCGAUGUUGCUCUCCAAUACCUUCCGCGGCCACAGUUCUUCGUACAGACUCUCCCCCAAAAUCUCGAAGAUGGUAAACGAUUCAUCGAAGACCUGAAACAGCUUCGUAUCGUGGCCAUGACUCAGCCCAUGUUCGAGUUGCUGCCUUGCGACUUGAGCGUGGUAGAUAUCUGGGCUCAUCCCCAGAAGCUCGACCGCGAUGCAUCAUAUCGAUACCGCCCUCGCCCCUUUGAAGAUACACAGCUUGCUGCUGCAUCGCCCGGAAACACUGUCAUCACGCUCAAGAAACCCAUUCGCACCAAGGUCGACACGCACUCCCAGGUCUACAAAGGUGAUAUGCGCAUCGGUUCCGAAAAAUCGCGGGAGGUAUUCGUCAAGAUAUAUCAACAGAGUCUUCGUGGUCUGCCAGAGGAACGUUGCUUCGAUGACAACACCUGGCCCGUGCUGUGGCGACAUGCAGGGAGCAGCGCAGCUCUGGAAGCAUGGGCCUAUAACCAGCUGACGGUGCUCCAAGGGUCCAUGAUACCGUAUUCGUUUGGCUUCUAUAAGGUUGAAUUGCCACACAAGGAGGUGUCCAUCGUGCAUGUUCUGGAAUAUCUCGACGGAGCGACGCUGCGCGAGACCGAUCGCAUCACCAUCGAGAAACGUCUAGGCUGUAGUCUCCUACACGCUGCCGAAUAUAUAAUGCCCAGACUGUAUCGCAUGCAGAGAUUGGGCAUCAUACACGGCGAUCUUGAUAUGCGUAACAUCAUGUUACUGCGAUCAAUCGCUGUUGAAGACCCUCGGUCAGCACUCGUCAUAGUCGACUUCAACGAAGCUCAACCGUCAGGUGACGGCAACGACUUCAUGGACGCGCUCGAUUUGUUGGCCCUUCUUCGAGAGCUCGGUGUGCACAUUAACGACAUCGAAGGCUGGUAUCUGCGCCAUGCGAAUUCAAAUCCUCGUCCGGAAUGGCUAGCGAUGUUCGGAACCCGUUUGCGCGAUGACAUAUACUUCACGUUAUGGAUGAGGAGGAUGCGUAUAGAAGAAAAGGACUUGGAGAUUCACGCGCGGAUAAAAUCAUAA